CUCCACCCACCUCAACCACUGCCCUCCUUCCCCUUUCAGCAGGGAGGUGUGACCUAGCAGCUCUGACUGAUCUCCCAGUGACUCUCUGCUGCUUCAGCUCAGUGAGACAGUAAGCUGACGGCAGGGAAGCUGAGGAUUGAGAGGGUCUGAGAGAUAUAGUGAGAUCAGAGAGAAUAAGGUGAAGAAGCAGACACUCACUUUUCUUUUAUUUUUAUUUUAUCUUUCACUCCAGUCAGCUUCUGUGAUUCCACAACUCUGGUAAUACAGCAGCAGAUAGAUAGAGAAGAACUUUUUCAGCAGUACAGGAGAGAAAUUAUCCAAUGGAUCAAGUCCUCAGCUGAACUGAAGCGGUAAUUGGUGCCUGUGGUCUUUCUUUUUUCCUUCUUCUCAUCAUGAGACGAGUGUGCCUUCUGUUUCUGGGUCUCCUCUUCCUUCUAAUCGGAGAAAUUACACAUGCAACGGAUUGUUCUCUUGGACAAAAACGUGUCGAACGAAAAGGGCCAUGCGUAGAUAUUGAUGAGUGUACAGAGACCCCAGGUCUCUGUGGAAAGAAUGCUGUGUGUAACAAUACAGCAGGCUCAUAUUUCUGCACAUGUGAAGAUGGGUUUAUUUCCAAGCCAAAAGAAAUGGAGACAUUUACAGCGAUUGAUAAGGUUAAAUGUAAAGAUUUAAAUGAGUGUCUGAAUGAGACGGGUCUCUGUGGAGACAAUGCUGAGUGUACGAAUACAGAAAGCUCAUAUUUCUGCACAUGCAAAGUAGGAUUUGCUCCGAGCAAUGGAGAGGAGACAUUUAAAGCAGACCAGGGGGUUACAUGUAAAGAUAGGGAUGAAUGUGAGAUGGUGAAAUGUGGGAACGAUGCAGUCUGUAAGAACACUGCAGGUGAUUACUACUGUACCUGUAACCCUGGCUACAAGCUCUCGUCAGGAAAAUCUAAAUUCACUGAACAUGAGGGAGUCUGUGAACGCGCUGCUGAUGAGUGUACAGAUAAACCGGGUAUAUGUGGAAGCAAUGCUGUGUGUAACAAUACAGCAGGCUCAUAUUUCUGCACAUGUGAAGAAGGGUUUUUUCCCAGCAAAAAAAUUGAGACAUUUACAGCGACUGAUAAGGUUAAAUGUAAAGGGAUACCCAGGCAGGGAGACGAGGAGGCGGACACAAAUGCAGAUGUGUGUGAGAUUAACAAGUCUCUUUGUGGGGAAGGACAGUGCAAGAAAGUUAACAACAGCCAUGAGUGUUUAUGCAACCUGGGAUUCACCAACUACGGCUUCAAAACAAUGAAAUGCUCAAAGCCGAACUAUGAGAUUCUGAUGGACACCAGCACAGAGCAGAUCUCUACAGAGCUGGAGCAGAUCAUGGAGAAGUUGAAGAGCAUCUAUUUAAAUGCCAGCCAAUCAUUUAACAGGGCUAAAAUGCAAACAGACCCAAGUAUACUGUUAGAGAAGCUGCUGAAUGCUAUAGAUGAGCUUUUGUCUGCUGGGCCCCUGAACAAUAACAGGAAAGUGACAUACCUGUUGGAAAUCACUGAGAUAGUUCUGAAAGUGCUGGGACCUCAGCUGCCUAACACCAGCAGAUCAAGUGUUCAUACACAGAUUCAGAUGUUGGUAAGGAGAGAUGAUACCCCCACUGAAGGACGGCUCAUUCUGGCCACUGAUGGCGUGCAGUUCGAUUCUCACUGGGAAACUGCAGCUGGAGCUUCAUACCUGGGAUUUGCUGCUGCAGCUCUGCUCAGGUACAAUAGUUUGAAAAGCUCAGUCAAUGCCUACUUCGACGAUGUAGAGAAACACGGAAAAGAAAAGUUCAAGAUCAACUCUGAUGUAGUCACUGCAGUGGUCACUAAUAGUGACACGGCAGUACUGGAGAAACCGAUCAAACUCACCUUCUCUCACCUGGAGCAGCCAUUAGACGGAAACCAAACCUGUGUGUUCUGGAACUCCACUCUGAAUGGUGGUGCGUGGUCCACCAACGGCUGCACUGUGGUCAUGUCUAAUGCCAGUCAGACGGUCUGCUCCUGCACCCACCUGAGCAGUUUCGCAGUUCUAAUGGCCCUCUACGAGAAGGAGGAUGUAUUUGAACUGAAGCUGAUCACAUGGAUUGGCCUCUCUCUGUCCCUGAUCUGCCUCUUCAUCUCCAUUCUCACCUUUCGCUUCAUUCGCUCAAUUCAGAGCACUCGCACCACCAUCCACCUGCACCUCUGCAUUAGCCUCUUCAUCGCCAACCUGGUCUUCCUGGCUGGAAUCACCCAAACCGAGAACAGGGUGGGCUGUGCAUUUGUUGCAGGCCUGCUUCACUUCUUCUUCCUGGCUGCUUUCUGCUGGAUGUGUCUGGAAGGUGUGCAGCUGUUCCGCAUGGUGGUGUUGGUCUUUAACACCACGCUGAGAUCUCUGUACCUGAUGGCGGGAGGUUACGGAAUUCCUGCUCUCAUUGUCGCCAUAUCAGCCAUCGCUAAUGCCAAAGGAUAUGGAACCGAGCGCCACUGCUGGCUUGACCUGCAGAAUGGGUUCAUCUGGAGUUUCUUUGGCCCUGUUUGUCUCAUAAUUGUUGUGAAUAUAUUCUUCUUUUUGAUCACUGUGUGGAAGCUGGCCCAGAAGUUUUCCACUCUCAACCAAGACCUGAGCAAGCUGCACAAGAUAAAGUCAUUUACAAUCACGGCCAUCGCUCAGCUCUGUGUGCUCGGCACCAUGUGGAUCUUCGGCUGUUUCCAGUUUGAGGAGCAAUCGCUGGCCGUUGACUACAUCUUCACCAUCCUCAACAGCCUGCAGGGAGUGCUGGUGUUCGUCAUGCACUGCCUGUUCUCCAAACAAGUGAGAGAUGAAUAUGCCAGGAUCCUGACCAGCGUUUGCGCACCACAGAAGAGGAAGUACUCAGAGUUCAGCACAAACCAAACCAGCAAAUCCCAGGGGUCCGGGAGUGUUCACAACACAGGAGAGUCCCACAUAUGAAGUUGGCUGAAGUGUCCUUCUACCAGCAUCCAGUCGUGCAAGAAUGUCCUCGUCUGCAGCCUCUGUGGUCUCUUCUUCUUAAGCUCAUUUGUCACGUUGGCAGAUUUUUAAUUUUUUUUUAUUAUGCUGCAGUGUUUGUUUUUCACUGUCUGAGACGGCCAUUAUACCAUGCAUAUAGUGCAAUAAGAACCAACUGAUGCUGCAUGUACAGUACAGUAAUAACUUUUCAAAGGCCAGGAGUGACAUAGUAAGGGAAAUAAAGCAACUACUUGAUUGACUAUGAACAGAAUCUGCACUGGAAUACACAUUAAAGUGUACAAAUAAUGCAAAUUAAAUGUAUAAAUAGUAAAUAUAUAUGUGACUGUUUAGAUGCAGUUUUACAAGCCUAUCUACAACUCUGUUAUUUUGCCUCAGAAUGAAACGCGUUCUCUUUUGUUGAGCUUACGAAAAGAAAAUGAUAAGCUUGAUUGAUCAGCAAUCGCUCACAGAAGUCCACACAUAUUCCCAGAUAGUGUUACUGUCUUCUCAUUUUGUCUUCCCGAUGUGAAGUGCUGUUGCCAAGCUGAAGAAAUUAUAGCCAAUGAGCUUUAAGCCUAGCCUCCUCUCAUUCUCCUCGGUUUCUGACAUCUAAAAACUAGAAAGCUGCACUUUUCCUAUUGACGUUUUGUUUGGUUGAGGUAGUUCAGUUUGUUAUGUUAGUCUUUUUAAAGGGAGUGGAUGAAGGAAAGAUGAGCUGGUGAAUGCUAGCAUCAGCUUGUGGUAGCUUUUAGCUUUUAGCCUAGCACAGGUACCACUGGAAAAGCUGAAAACCUGUAUUUCUGUUUGUACUCUGGAGGGGAUAGGCUGCUCUCCAGUAUCGACAACACCAUAUACAACACCUGUUGAUGCUGUCAAAUUUGCUGUUUUUCAAGUUUUGACUGAGGCUUUUAUUGGUCGAUUGAAUGUAUGCACAUUUUGAUGAACUGUUGAUAUAACAGUUUAGUGGUUUUAGAAUUGCCGUGUUUUGUAGCCCCUUUUUGGUUAGGCCAGAUUUUCUUUUGGAAGACUACACAACAGUGACUUCAUGUCCUGAACUCUCAUUUAUUAAACUGUACCUAGAAAAAAAUACAUUUUUCAUGCAAUGACCACCUAAUUCAUGGUAGUUUUACAUGUUUUUAAAGUGAAUGUAAAAUCUAUUUUUUAAAUGUUAUCUCUUAAAAUAACAGAAGAUAGAGGAGGUUUACCUUUUGCUUUUUUGUCCCAAUGACUUAGAUCAAAUCAUACCUUUUUAUUGGCACUACACAUAAAAAUAAUACACAUAAUAUGGACAGAUACAUAAAAAAUAACAAGGUAAAAAAAAAAAGGGUCAGCACAAUUUCAGUUUAACUUCCUGAGAAAAGAUCAAAGAGCUGAAAUAAAGGGUGUUAAUAUUGUGUAAUUAAUAUUGGUAAGAUUUUCUAAGCUUAAUGUAUGUAAAGAAUAGAUGCAGGCCACGUUGACAACCUCUCAUCUAUUUCAGUUUUAUUUGUAUAUGUAUGUCUAUGUAUAUGUAAAUAUAAAUGACAUUUUGAUUGUAUUAUUUAAUGCUGAGCUUUAGCACUUAUUUUGCUGCUGAUGUCACUGGAUUAUGGCAUUGUAAUCAUUUUUAAACUUUCUGUCCCUUUUGUUUGUAAGUAUGCAGCCUAUUUUACACCUGUGUUUACUGUAAAAGACUGGUUGCCCCUGUUUUAUUGUUUAUGUUUUGUUGAUUUUCUUAUUUCUUUUCGUUUUUUAUCGUAUUGUCUCCACAAUUUACAAGGCCAAUUACCCAGUCCAUAUAUUAGAACUCCCCCUAUCACUAGUAAUGCCCCAACACAAGGAGGGUGAAGACUAGCACAUGCCUCCUCAGAUACAUGUGAAGUCAGACUCCACCUCCUGUUUUCCAACUGCUGCUGAUGCAGCAUUGCUGAGUAGCAUCACAGCAUAGCGCUCGGAGGAAUGCGCAGCGACUCGGUUCUGAUACAUCAGCUCACAGAUGCCGCCUCGUGCUGAUCGACAUCACCCUAGAAGUGAUGAGGGGAAAAAGCGCCAUCUACUGUACCCACCCAGAGAGAGCAAGGACAAUUGUGCUCUCUCUGGGCUCCGGCAGCUGAUGGCAAGCUGCAUAACCAGGAUUCUAACCAGCGAUUUUCUAAGUGCCUUAUUUAUAUUUGUUAAAUUCAGACAAUAAACAAUAAUUGUAUAUUAAA